GAAGAAGAAGAAGUCGAUGUCGAUGAAGUAACGACGCCGCAGUUCCAGCUUGACGUCAGUCAGUGCGGAGAGGCUUAGCUUUAUGUACUCCGCCAUUUACUCAUAACGACGCUGAAGUUGGCUUCCGAUUCGCAUUUAAGGGGAAAUUUAAGACGGAUGUAUAAGGCACACAAUUUAAGGUGGAACGGUCGUAGUAGGCAACGUAUUUAAGGUGGAACGGAAGUCUUGAGCAGCGUCGUCAAUUCGAGUGUGUCCUGGUGGUCUGUUUUUUGUGACACCUCUAAUGUGAAAACAUAUGGAUUUCCACAAAUAGAAUAAAGGCUUCACAGAUCACAAACUGUGUUUUUAUGAACGCCAAGGUCUGUAGAUUAAUUCAGUCCAGGUUUGGCAAGUCUGAGCCUUGUGUUUUUUAAAGUGGAUCAAGUUAAAUAUGGAGCGGGUUCUAAAUAAGCGUCUAAAUAUGUGCCAUUAUUGCAUUUUCACAAAUCAAUUAAGGGUUGCAAGAAUACAAUAGUGAGCGUCAGGUAAAGGCAAUGUCUUCUCUAAAAUGUUGUCACAUUAGAAAUGUCACAAAAAAAGACCAUCAGGACACACUCGCAUUGCGCAAUACUUCCGUUCCACCUUAAAUUUCGUGCGUACUACGACCGUUCCACCUUAAAUGUGCCUAUACGUCCGUCCACCUUAAAUUUCCCCUUAAGUACGAAUCGGAAGCAAACUUCAGUGUCAAGCAAUGGCAUUUAAUUAGCACCUGAAAACGACUGUCAGAGGACAGUAGUCAGCGAGGUUUUAGAACUCUAACACAGACUUAACCUCAGUCAGGUUGUCUCAACUUCUGAGGGAUGUGAAGAGCUGUCGUCAAGCCAGGCCACGCCUCCUCACUCUCAGUCAAUCGAGGCACAGUGUGGAGGACUGUCAUGCACCUUAAGCUCAUGCGCUCAGAGCUUCGUAUGGAGGGGGUCCAGCCGGGGGCCCCGCCAAGGACCAUUAACCAUGGCAAAGACAUAAUCUCCACCGACAUGCUGUGGUGCAGCACUGGGGUAUCGCCCAGUCCGAGAGCAUGGGCGCCAUCUCUCAAUUUGUACUCUCCACCAGCCGAGGACACUGCUGCCCUGCUGGACAUGUGGGCCGUCAUCAAGCCGGGACACGUUCGCGAGAAGAUCGCCAUCUUCGCUUUGGAGGUGGGGCAAACGACAGCUGCUGGAGAAAGGAACCACACCUCCUCUUUGGGGAUAACACGGGCUGGGAAGGUGAAAGGUAGCUGGGAGGAAAAUGGCAAUGCCAAGCGACAGAGGAGAUCUGCAAGCAACCAGAACCUCCAGCAGAACCAGGGGAGCUGGUCUGUCAGAGCACCACCCUACAGCGUUGCUCAGUGUCCAGGAAGUGGAUGUGGUGAUACGGAGGGGGAGGAGCACAAGGUGUCUGUGGGCGAGAUGGUGACGUUCCUGGAACGGAGACUGAGUGCGCACCAGGCUGACCCCAAACCUCUGCUCACUCUCCACAGGAGUUCUGCAGCCCCGCCCUCUCAGGACAAAGGGGAGGAGCCAGAGUGUGUCAAAGUGUCAGACAUGGUGGCCAAGCUGGAGUCAAAGUGUCUGCGGCGGAGGAAUGAGGGGUGUGUGUCCAGAAGCAACACCCUGAGGAGGACGGUGGGGCGUGUUCUUCUCGCUGCUGCCCACCAUUGCCCUGCCCUCUCCCCGCAUUCACAAUCAUGUUUAUCAGGGUCCUCGGUUAUGGUCACACCCCCCUCCCUCUCAUCAGGUAUGGUGGAGUCAGACGCAAGUCGGGGUCUGGAGGCCCCACCUUCGCUGCCUGAGGAGGCAGAACCACCUCCUGGGUUACUGUUUCUGUCUCCGCCUGCUGCUGCUUUCUUACCGCAGACAUGCACACAUUUAGGCUCCACCCCUUUAGUAUGCACAGAAUUGACAUUUGAUCCUAACACCAGCUCUUCCCAGCCUUGUCACAUCCAGUCAGAGAAGUCCUUCAAAGUUGUGCAAAUUGAAGAGAAGGUCGGUGCUGUGGGGUUACGUGCUUCGACGUCACAUGCCUUUUUGGAGUUGCGGCAGCGACUGCGGCAGCUUCUGGAGCCGCCGCUAAUGGGGCCACUGCUGCUGUCCGCACUGCCACAGGACGUACUGGUCAACAUCUUUGUGCUGCUGCCCACACGCACGCUGGCGGCGCUCAAGUGCACGUGUCACCAAUUCAAGUUCAUCAUCGACAACUACAGUGUGCGGCCCGCCGACUCGCUGUGGGUGUCUGACCCUCAUUAUCGUGACGACCCCUGCAAGCAGUGCAAGAGGCGCUACGUGCGAGGUGACGUGUCGCUGUGCCGGUGGCACCACAAGCCGUACUGCCAAGCAUUGCCGUAUGGCCCCGGAUAUUGGAUGUGUUGCUAUGGUGCCCACAGGGACACACCUGGGUGCAAUUUGGGUCUCCAUGACAACCGCUGGGUGCCGUCCUUCCACAGCAUCAACGCUCCCAUCUGCUGCGGGAAUGCAGGAAACUGAACUGCUUCCAAUAACUCAACUUUUUAGCUUUUUUGUUUUUAACAAGUCGGAUCACUGGCGCCUGCCAUGGCCGCUACCCCCCCGUCCUUGACCAGGCAAGCUGUCUUGUGUCCUUGGUGAUGAACCGCCAGCAUGGGAGGAGUCUUGAGCAGGACUCACCCCCAUUGGAGGCACUAAGAGCAGGAAGUCUUGUGGAACGUGAGACUGACAGGCGGGACAUCGACCAGAUGAACUUUGAUUGUGGUUACGUGUGACUUUUAUAAGUGGUUGCCUUGGAGACAAACAAAUAUUAGAUAAGGAAGAAUAAAAAAACAGUUUGUUUUAAUAAAGAGCUUUUCAUCA